UAUACCGUAUUAUCUGCCAGCAAUAUCAAAAUCAAAUCUGACUCGUCCAAGAUGGCAGCAUCCUCAACCAUCGCUGAUAAGUGCAUGAAAGCUUACAACCAUGUAUUCAAUCCAAGUCUGUUCAAAGGCCAAGUUGCUUUCAUCACAGGUGGGGGUUCGGGAAUAUGUUUUACAAUUGCAGAAGUUCUCAUGAGGCAUCAGUGUUCAACCAUAAUAGCCAGCCGCAAGUUAGAACGUGUGCAACAGGCAGCAGAAGAAUUGAGUAAAGUUACUGGACAAAGAUGUCUUCCCAUUCAGAUGGAUGUCAGAAAGCCCAAAGAGGUCGUGGCUGGAGUCCAGCAGGCUAUGCGGGAAUUUGGCAAAAUUAACAUCUUAGUGAAUGGUGCUGCUGGUAACUUUGUCUGCCCAGCUGCUUCUAUGUCAUUCAAUGCAUUCAAGACUGUCCUGGAAAUUGAUACUAUGGGAACAUUCAACACAUCCAAAGCAGUCUUUGAUGAAUACAUGAGGGAUAACGGUGGUGUAAUAAUCAACAUAUCAGCUACCCUUGCAUAUAAAGCUACAGUCUUACAGUGCCAUGCUUCUGCAGCAAAAGCAGCCAUUGAUUCGAUGACCAAGUCUCUGGCUGUAGAGUGGGGACCUCUUGGUAUUAGAGUGGUUGGUAUUGCUCCUGGUCCAAUUGAUGAUACAGAAGGAAUCCGUAAAUUAGCUGGUCCCCUUGCCGAGUCGAUUCCUAAACGUAUUCCUCUACGUCGUAUGGGAACCAAGGUUGAUAUAGCCGAUUGUGCAGUGUUCGUAGCAUCUCCUGCUGCUUCUUACAUCACCGGUGAUACUAUUGUGGUUGAUGGCGGUGAUUGGAUGACUGCCCCAAAUGAUGCUGAGAUGAGGUUGGAAUCAAUGAAGAGCCUACUCUGAUUAUCUAGCUCAAGAAUGCUAUUUAAUCUAAUAAUUGGAGUAAGCUAGCAAAACUGCUCACUAUUUUGCUCGGCUAAGAAAUUUAUUUAAUUCUAUCCAAUUUAAGAUUUUAAUGGAAGCAGGAGUUCCUGAUAAGAAGCAUUGUGAUGUCACAUGCUAUUUCAAGUUAAGCAUUUGGCGCUAGUGUUUUUGUUAGAAGCAUAAUUCAGAUUGUGUUCCCUAGCUCUAUAACAUAAUGUAGGACAAUGAUAAUAAUCAAAAUCUCUUUAUUGAUAAUUCUACCCCUAGUUGGAUUAUUCUCGAGACCAGCAUCAUGUUAAAGUUUGGUGUUUUAAGUUUGAUUUAAAAAUGAACCCAACACCAAUGGUCAGGUCCACAAUAUACUCCUUGUGACGUAUCUAUAGGUGAAAUAAUUGACAUAUUUGUCGAUUGACAAUAAAAAUAAAGGUAAAAUUAUUGUUUUUCUAACUGAAGUUCUGGAUCGCACACUAGACCAGUACCCUGUCCUGUUGGGUUUUGCAUGAACCUUACAAUCAAUAGCAAAUCAAAUUUAGGUCCACAAGUAAAGAAAUCUUGCAAUAAAUUGCACAUUUAUGCUUGAUUUCUUAUCUGCUUGUAAAAAGCACUCAAAAAAUGAUUUCCCUCUAAUUACAAUUGAUAUAUCAGUUUUAAGUUUGCAAUAGAAAUUUGCAAUGAUUGAUUGCAAGUAUUUUUUUGCAACAUGGCCCCAUAAGUGUGAUUGAUUUUUAUCAGUUUAAUUUGAAUCAGUAGCUAAUCAGAUCUUGACUUUACAUAGUGGAGAAAAACCUAAGCCAAAGAAAUAUUUUGAGACAGGACCAAUUUUUGUAUGAGAUCAACUUUAUCUUUUAUAUAUUUUGUAUCAGUAUGAUUGCUCUGAUGGAAUAGGAUAACAAACCAGUGGUAUGUUGUUAGAAUAUAGAAUAAAUGACAUAAGACAUGCAAUCUGUUCAGGGAAUACAUUAUGACACAAUCAAGAAAAUGUGAUUAUACAAGUUAGCUGAGUGUGCAUUUGUUAUUCCAGAUGGAAUACAUGUUUACUUUGCUUUUAACAUCAGACUGCGAACAAAUGUAGUUGAUUGUUUGUAAUUAGUUUGCAUCAAAUCUCAGAAGAGUAUGUCUUCUUUCUUAUCAAAAUACUCAAGUGUCAUUACUGAGGUGUUAUUAUACUUAAAACAAAAGCACCUAUAUACCAACCAAUAUAAAAAAUAUUCAAAGAACUUCGUCCUCCGUUCUAUUGGUUAAUAAUCUAAUAAGAUGAACAAAAUAAAGAUGAGCACUGGUCCAAACUCCCAAGUUAUGCUCUAUUGAGCUCUUAACCAUUGGGUAUGGGUACAUUCAUUGCCUCACAUGACACUUUUUGAGGGUGGAUGAACAAUUAUUCAUUCUGUAAUAUCAUUUUUAUGUAGGAGAAAUCGUAGACUGGGAACUUGGACAACACAGAAAACAAAAAUAGUUGUUUGUGAUUGAUUCAUUUUCAUCUCUAAUGCGUAAUUCAAGGAAGCUUGUGUGACUCUUACAUGAAUGUUUGUUAAUGAUGCAAUGACUACCUCAAAUACUGUACCGGUACUGUAUAACCUUAAUCAGUAUAAUUAAUCCAAAAAAUAAAUUAUAUGGCAGUGAUAGGUAAUGGUAAGAAACUUAUUGUUUUCUGAAUGUGGAUGUUAAUUUUGUGCUUAACCAAUCUCCUUCAGGUGCCAAGUGGUCCCAGGACAAACAAAAUGGGAAUAAGAGAAUUCAGUAUUCAGUUGGUUAAGAAAGGGGAGAAUAAAAAUUCCAUUAGUCUCUAAACACUCCAAAAUGAUUGUGAUCUCACUCAUCCAUCCAGUAAAGCCUGUCUCACAUUGUGCGAUCCGGUGUGACGUGAUUUUUCAAGAAAUCGCAUUUUGCAUUUAAUAUGAAAGCUCCAAGAACUAAAAUUAUUUUAUUCAGUUUGGCAUAUUAUUAGGAAAACUAGAAUCAUAUUUUUACUUUGCGGCAAGCCCUAUGUUCGGAGUAAAGUCCAAAUCAGCUUCAAGACGCAGCUGAUGAUGACGUCAUUACGAUUUGGAACUGAAUUUGUUUUUAUUCAUUCAGGGAGGAUCUAACUGGACUGAAUUUUGAUUUCAGUAGUCUUACCACUAUUCUGAACUCUGAUCCGUAAUAUUUAUUAGUUGGAAUAUCCAUAUAAAAAAAUAUCACAAUUAAUUUGAAAUUUGGAUCGCAACAAAUCGCAUUGUGUGAGACAGGCUUUAGAGGUUAUCAAUUUCAAAAAAUAUAUAUUUUCAAGUAAAAUCAAUUUAGUUAUGUAUGAGAUCCUUUUCAAGCUGACUGAUCUAUUUUGGUCAUUGACAUAUUUUUGUUCAAUCGUCGAUGAUGCAUAAUUGAAGGAAUUAUAGUGCCUACUUGUAUAGCACACAGGUUUGCAUUCCAAGGAAAUUUACAGUAGAUGUGGACUCAUAAUUGCCUCAAGAGCCCUGGAAAGCUGAAUAAGAACCUAAGAAAUUCCCAUAGGGUCCAUUUAAAUUGAAAAGCAAAUUUGGGCUCGUGAGCUAAAAAAUUGCCUAGGAAGUUUGUAAUUCGUUUAUAUUUUUUUGCCUUGCGCAUUCCAGUACUUUUAUAGCACUUGAAAAGUUGAAAGAAAAGUAAUUGUACAUGAUAGAUAAUGAAUUAUAUUGAUAUUCAACUUGCAUCAUAAUACAAUACAUGUAUGAUUAUCCAAAUAUGAGUCCACCUAGCAAAGGUGAUGUUCUAAGUAUAUUUUUAUGUGUUCUAGACUAAUUGAUAUGAUAAAUUGUAUUUUAAUGUUCAUUUAUGCAAUACUAUUUUUUUAUGGAUGAAAUCUUAUCUAUGUUAUUUGCCAAAAUGUGAUGUAUGAUAUAAAUUUAUGCAAGAAAUUGAAUUAAAUUCAUAUUGAAUGAA